GCCCCGGCGGCGACGGCGCCCCGUGAUAAGGCGCAGUGGCGCGGGUGCGGAGCGCUGCCAGGUCGGCGUUCCCGGGCCUUGCCGGAGCGCCGCCGCAGAGGAUUCCUGGCCGUCCCGGAAAUGCUUUCGGCCAGCACCAACAUGGCUGCGGCCCUGCGGGCUGCGGGCACUCUGCUCCGCGAGCCGCUGGUGCACGGUAGCUCGAGGGCCUGCCAGCCAUGGAGGUGCCAGUCGGGUGCUGCAGUAACAGCCACCAUGGAGAAGGUACAUCAUGCCAAGACCUCGAAACCCCAAGCUCAACCAGAAAGGAGGAAGCCAAAAACAGGCAUAUUAAUGUUAAACAUGGGAGGCCCCGAAACCCUUGGAGAAGUUCAAGACUUCCUUCAGAGGCUCUUCCUGGACCGAGACCUCAUGACACUUCCCAUUCAAAAUAAGCUGGCACCAUUCAUCGCCAAACGCCGAACCCCCAAAAUUCAAGAGCAGUAUCGCAGAAUCGGAGGUGGAUCCCCCAUCAAGAUGUGGACUUCCAAGCAAGGAGAAGGCAUGGUGAAGCUGCUGGAUGAGCUGUCCCCUGACACAGCACCUCACAAAUACUAUAUUGGAUUCCGGUACGUCCAUCCCUUGACAGAAGAGGCAAUUGAAGAGAUGGAGAGAGAUGGACUAGAACGGGCCAUUGCUUUCACACAGUAUCCCCAGUAUAGCUGCUCCACCACAGGCAGCAGCUUAAAUGCCAUUUACAGAUACUAUAACGAGGUGGGCCAGAAGCCCACCAUGAAGUGGAGCACAAUCGACAGGUGGCCCACGCACCCCCUCCUCAUCCAGUGCUUUGCAGAUCACAUUCUGAAAGAGCUGAACCAUUUUCCAGAGGAGAAGAGAAGCGAGGUGGUUAUUCUGUUUUCUGCGCACUCCCUGCCAAUGUCUGUUGUCAACAGAGGGGACCCCUAUCCCCAAGAGGUAGGAGCCACUGUCCACAGAGUCAUGGAAGAGCUGGGUUACCCCAACCCCUACCGACUGGUUUGGCAGUCGAAGGUUGGUCCAGUACCCUGGUUGGGCCCUCAGACAGAUGAGGCUAUCAAAGGGCUUUGUGAACGGGGUAGGAAGAACAUCCUCUUGGUUCCAAUAGCAUUUACCAGCGACCACAUCGAGACGCUCUAUGAGCUGGAUAUUGAAUACUCUCAAGUGUUGGCUCAGAAGUGUGGAGCUGAGAACAUCAGAAGAGCGGAGUCUCUUAAUGGAAACCCAUUGUUCUCUAAGGCCUUGGCUGAUCUGGUGCACUCCCACAUCCAGUCCAACAAGCUGUGCUCCACGCAGUUGAGUCUGAGCUGUCCGCUCUGUGUAAAUCCUGUCUGUAGGAAGACUAAAUCCUUCUUCACCAGCCAACAGCUGUGACCCUGCCUGAGGACCCGUGGGAUUUGCAGAUGUGCAGCCUCCAGACACCUGCGGUGGGGACGAUGGGGACAGAAGCCACAUUUGUCUGGGCACAGACUGUGAUUUCUCUCUUGCCUGUGUUUCGUUUUAUUUCAUCUUAUUUCUCCCUUUCCCUACGUAGCCCAAACUGGCUUCCAGUGUGCCUCCCGCUCCCGUUUCCUGGAUGCUAGUUAGCAUCACAGACAUACAACAUUGUGUUCCUUGGAGGAUGGACUCAAAAUUCUUACUGAGAUUUCUAUUUUCAUAUACAAGUGUAGUGAAUACUUACAACUGUUUCUGGGGUCAAUUUACGAAUGUGGAAUAUCUGUCUACUGGGAUAUCCCAGGAAUGAGUUUUACAUUUUUAUCUUAUGAGAUGCACACAAACUCUAUACUUAUUGCCCAAAACAACUUCCUACAAUAGUGUGGUGUGUCUCCUCAUGUGCUACCAGUGGUGACUGAGAUGUUCACAGUCUUAACGGAUAUAGCUAUCGCUCAAGUGAAUAUUGUGAAUGUAUGAGAUGUAAUUUGUAAAAGAACUAGGCUGAGCGCACAGCUUAGGGUCGUGUGAUCACCUGCAAGCACUGACACGAUGUUACCUACUCCUUUCCCGGGUCCAUGGGUACAGGAGCGGUCACCUGUCACUGCUUCUGUUGACGUGUAGCCACUGUUCACUGCCGCUGUGGUGUCGUCUGUGCAAGGGUCUCAUCUCCCCCCCGGAAACGGGAACAGUGCGUGUUUCAAGGGUGCUGAGAUCCCCGGCGCACAGCCUAAUAAACGUGUGGAUUCAGUCCUUGCUGUGCACGCCUUCAUUUGAGUCCAUGGUGCCGUGGGGAAGGGGGCUCUGACUUCUUCCUGUCUCUGAGGACAGUGCCACCAGGAAAUGCUACUGAUGGAUUUGGGCUCAUCUCCCCAGGGACCAAGGAACCUUCCAGGACCAUCCUAAUCUUGACUGAGUGCUUAUUUUAUAAAGUUGACUGUGUCUGAUAGCCUUGGAUUGUCUUCGUGAAUAAGUUCUUAUUAUAAAAAUUAUAUGGUCAUAGACUAGACCAUUUGUAAAACACAAAGAAAUAACUACUCUAAUGUAAUAAUUAUUUUAUUCAAAUCUUUUCCUGCAUAUAUGUGUGUAUGUGUGUGUAUACAUAUACAUAUACACACACAUAUAUAUACACACACAUAUAUACACACAUACAUAUAUACAUAUGCACAUACACAUAUGUGAAUACAUAUAUACACAUGCAUAUAUAGACAUAUGUCCACAUACAUAUAUACACAAACAUAUAUGUAUAGUCUUUAACAUAUUUCAUUAUAUCAACCUCCUUUCCCCUCAUAUCUAAUUCUUGCCUGGAUUUGUAAUGAAAUGUUAUUCUAAAAAUAUAAAAACUAUGUCAAACAGAAUCUGAUGUUCUAUAUUUGGAUUUAAAUGGAUUUGAAAGUCUGGGAUCCUUGAAGGAUUUGUAAUAAUCACUUUCUCUAAAACUUUGUUCUUCAAACAGA